AUGAAUGUCCCUUAUUCUAGCGAUGACUUUUCCGGGAAGGAUCCCCGGGCGGUAAAGGUCCCUUGUAUUCUUGGCGAUUGUACUAUUCAACUCUCGCACGCGACCACGUACGAGCCGCCUUUUUAUUUAUUCCCCGAACUCUUGAAAAAAGUCCCCCAGGGGACGCCUCCUUUGUGGGUGUGGGAUGCUGUGGCAGAUGUGGUGGAUGUCCAGAAUUCAUCUUGGCGGAUCGCCGAUAUGCAGGAACUCGCCUCCUCCUCCACGUCCUUUUCCCCUUCUGAGGGGGAGAAAAAGGGCGGUGGUGAGGGCUCAGAGAAGGGAAAUAGCGCGCGUUCGGCCGCCGUUCACACGCUGGCCUCGCUUAUUGCUUCCAAUCGCCUUCUUCAGGCGGGUCUAACACCGUCAGCGUUGUCAAAAGAUAAAUUUUCCGCUGCGAGGAUGCUGGAGGAGCUUGUGCGGCUUCAAUCUCGUGCGGGGUUGGGAAACGAGGAAGGAGCCGUCCUCAUGACGAAUCAUUUUGUUAAUCUUUUGGCCUGGCGAAAACUUUGCGAGGUCAACUAUGGCGCCGCGUUCGCGACUGGCAAGGAAGGGUUAACAUGUGAAAACGAAAAGACAAGGGAGAAGGAGGGAAAUUCGAGAAGACGCGCGCGCGUCAAGGAAGAGGAGGAGGAUCUUAUUGAUCGCAUGCGGCCCUGUAUGGAUCCAUGGUCUGACGAGAUCGAUGAUCCCGCCAACGCAGGGGUUUUCAUUUCAGGCCGGGAGGAGAAUGUUGAGCAAAAAGUAGAGCUGCUGGAGACGUUAUCGCAGCUUUAUGAGCGACCUUGGCGGCGGAUGCGCUCACAGGGUUGCCAAACUGAAUACAUCCUACCCCCUGGUACGAUGAAUGUUACGAACCCCUACGCUAAUGGGCAGCCUUUCCGUGAAAGAAGAGGCGAAGAAACGGUCGAUACUACUACACCUAAUAAUAAUUUUUUAAAGAUUAUAGAAAAUUUAGCUUCUCGUGCGGAGAAGUCGCAGCGAUUGAACAGCGGCUAUACGCUGUUAAUUCGCUCAACAACGCUUCCCGAGGUGGAGAAGCGACGAGUCGACUUCGAAGGCGGCGCUUUUAACACGAGAAAGUCGACCCUUCUUUUCGGGCGUUCGUCGGGGUUGCAGUAUGGGAUAUCCGGCGAUCCGAUUUACAUUGAUGUAGGGCUCAGCGUCUUUACAAGCCAUCCGCAGACACUCUCAACUCUACACUUUGCCCUUAUUAGGCGUUCGAAAAGGUGCGAUGAGAUGAAAGCGAAAAGCUUUCGCGAAUCCAUCUCUUCCUCUUCCUCGGAAGCAGCUCCAGGUAAUAAAUCCACAUCGAACCACCGCUAUAGCGAUGAGGAAAGCGAGCGAGUAUGUGUGGAAAAAUGUGCGAAUCCGAUUCAUCCUGAGGAUUUGCUGGAGUCUACGUUAUGGAUCAUAAAUUACGGUAGAAAUGAAGUUGCUGUCAUUCGUAAUAGCGAGGAGAGUUCUUUAGAAAAAACAAACCCUUCUUCUUCGCGGUGGAUACACAUUCACGAUGCCUUGCAGCUUCAGGCCGGCGAUGAAAUCGUUCUAGGCGAUGGUGAAAUCCGUAUCAGCCUCAUCACUACGCAUGAGCAAAGCAACAACUUAGACAGAGAAACUUUACGAAUAAAAAAUGAAGAAGAAGGAGACGGAAAAGAAACUCCACUUUCGGUCGUGAAGAAGGAAUGCAUGAUUGAGGAGGAGUGUGAGGUGUAA